UACUAACUUUCUGUUUUAUUUUUCCAAAAAGUUUAAUUGUUUAUUACAGCAAUACAGAAUUAUAACAUGUCCUUCACAAAUAGGCUGAUCUGAGACUUCAAUACCACAACUUCAAGGCUUUAGCAACUAAAGCUGUGACAUCUUGAAAAGGCUGAUAGCAGUUAAAGGUUGAUUAUUGAUAUGAUGCAUUCUGUUACUCCAUUUUCGGAAGAACAUAGAAACCAACCUCCCCAACAAUACGACAACUCUUUAGUCAAGAGAGAGAUCAUUACGUCCAAAAAAGCACAAAUUUUACAGUCUAAAUAUAAGACUAGGUCAAAGUAACCACAACCCACAAGUGCUUUCAAUGGUAUGGCUAGCAUUAAUAAAGUGGAUGAAAAUCUUUGAAUACCAAGGUUUAAAUUUCAAUAGCUACAAGUCUACAACUUAGAUUUUUUUAAUCUACCUAACGCUAACUGAUAUACGACACACCAUUAUUAUUUUUUUUAAAAAAAAGGUAGAAACAGCAACUACGACAGCAUAGGUGGGUGAGCAUUUAGAGCAGAGCAAGGUUGCGUGAGAUUGCCAGUUGGUUGUACAACAUACUGACAAAAGAUUUGCAUCAGGCAUUUCCACAUGGGACCAUUAUGCUUUCCUAGUUCGUAACACCCCAUGCUCCAAGUUAACGUUCGUGCCUAUGAAGUUGUCAACCAAAAUCAGCUGACCAAAUAAUGGCAGUCUUUGCUCAUUGCUGAAGCUUCUGCCCUUGAAAAAAGUCCCAUCUUUCUGCAUUAGAUCUUCUUCUGUUUCAAGAAGAAGGUGAUGGAACUGUGAUAAUUCACCCACAGAUGUGAUUAAGGUCGAUGCAGUAUUUUAUAGUGGAUUUUAAGGUUGUUGAAUAUUAGUCAAGAUGGAGAAAUUGGAAGAAGCAUCGUUUGCUGAAACGCCCACAUGGGCCGUGGCGACAGUCGUCACAGUUUUGGUGAGCGUUGGUUUCUUGAUCCAUGGCAGUUUGAAGAAGUUUGGAAAGUGGUUGCACAGGACGAAGAGGAAACCUCUUUAUGCUGCGCUAGAGAAAAUCAAAGAAGAGCUUAUGGUUUUUGGACUGCUAUCGCUGCUAAUGGGUCAUUGGAUCAUUUAUGUUGCAAAGAUUUGUGUCAAGUCAUCAGCUUUCAGCAGCCACUUUUAUCCAUGUUCUCCGCCAAGAAACAAGAGGGAGUCAGCAAUUACAAAAUUUGUUUUAUCAGGUUCUUCAUACUCGAAUUUCUCAACUUCAAGUUCAAGGCUGCUGUUAAGCAGCAGGAAUGAAGAUUUUUGUCCUGAGGGUCUCCAAUCGUUUGCUUCAAAGGAGAGCCUGGAGCAGCUCCAUCGUUUUUUGCUUGUCCUCGGUGUUAGUCAUGUAUCUUAUAGCUUUUUCGCCAUUGCCCUGGCUAUGAUCAAGAUAUAUAGUUGGAGAACAUGGGAAAACUAUGCCAAGUCAAUGGCUCUUCAAAGACUGGAAGGUUCUGAAGAAGCUGUCCCAAACAACAAGAGAAUGGGGCGUAUAUCAACUUUUACUUUUCACCACACUGCUCACCCAUGGAGCCAGCACAGGGCUCUUGUUUGGCUGCUUUGUUUCAGCCGCCAGUUCUGGAGUUCUAUAAAUGAAGCUGACUACAUGGCUUUGCGCCUGGGUUUUAUUACUACUCAUCAGCUGCCAUUAACUUAUGAUUUCCAUAAGUAUAUGCUUCGAAGCAUGGAGGAAGAAUUUCGUGAUAUUGUUGGCAUUAGUGUUCCACUAUGGAUUUUCGUCAUACUUUGUGUAUUUUUAAGCUUUCACGGCACUAAUAUAUACUUCUGGAUCUCCUUCUUUCCUGCUAUUUUAAUCCUUCUGGUUGGUACCAAGCUUCACCAUGUGGUGGUUAAGCUGGCAGUUGAAAUCAUGGAUAGUAGUCCAAGGGAAGGAUUUCAACAGUUUAACCUCAGAGACGAGCUCUUCUGGUUUGGGAAGCCUAGGCUUCUGCUGCGGAUAAUACAAUUUAUAUCAUUCCAGAACGCAUUUGAGAUGGCAGCAUACAUUUGGUCACUGUGGGAAAUUAAGGGAUCAUCAUGUUUUACAGAAAAUCAAACCUUUCUCGUGAUUCGCUUGUCAUUUGGGGUUAUUUCUCAAUUCUGGUGUAGCUUUGUCACAUUUCCACUCUAUGUUAUUGUUGCUCAGAUGGGUUCCAGAUACAAGAAGACCAUUGUUUCAGAGAAUGUUAGGAAGUCGCUACAUGGAUGGCGACACAAGGUGAAAACCAGACUCGAAGGUUCAGUUGUUAAUCCAGAAAGAUUAUUAGCGACCACAUCAUUGGACUUCGUGGAGGAUGAGACAGAUCAAAUUCAUAGCAUUGCUACCAACAGCACAUUGUUCGAAAAUACCAUGCUCUCAGCCCAACAACUCCCCUUUGAACAAAAUUGCACGAGUGAAAUCUCUGAAUGUGAUGAUGAGUUAGGCGUUCCAUUUUCUCCUCGAAAUUGAGAGAUUUGGUCAGAAAUAUGAUGAUGGAUCAAAUGAUGACAAUAUAGUUUCGUGCCUUCUACUACUUGAACCACGACCUUAGACUUAGUUAUCUUGCUUUCUUCUUCUUUUUCCAUGCUAUAUAUAUGCAUCUAAUUUUGUUCCAAUUAAUGUCUGCCUUACAUUUAAGAUCUUUCGAUAAACAAUUUCUUCUAAAUCUGAUCCGAAGGGACACUAUAUUUUUUGCA